AUGCACAAUUUGUUGUCAAAGGGGGACAGUGGAGUCGAGAUUGUUUCGAUAGUAGGGACGGGAGGGGUUGGGAAAACAACUCUUGCUCAAUUAGCCUUUAACGAUCCUGAAGUUAAGGAACAUUUUGAAUUAAAAAAAUGGAUUUGGGUUUCGGAUCCUUUUGACGAGAAGAAGAUUGCAAAAUCAAUUCUUGGGCCCGUUAAGGAGGAUUCCUCCACCUGGGAAUUGGAAAUGUUCUUACAACGUGUGAAAGACUCAGUUUCAAACAAAAGAUUUCUUAUUGUCCUAGAUAAUGUGUCGACUGAGGACCGCAGGAGGUGGGAACCCCUGAAAAACUCUCUCCAGGGUGCCCCCGGAAGUAGAAUUUUGGUGACAACAAGGAGCAAACGGGUUGCAAGAGCGAUAAGCACGGACAAACAGCAACCAUUGGGCGAACUAUCCCAUGAUGAGUGCUGGUCAUUAUUGAGUGAGAUAGCUUUUGGUGGAAAAAGUAAGGAGGAGCGCGAGAAACUAGAAGAUAUUGGAAGAGGAUCGAGGAAGUUGGGAUAUUUGAGAAAACUAAACCAACUUCGAGGAUCUCUACAACUUUUUCUAGGAGACUUGACAGAGUUAGAAGACUUGGUUGACGCUGAGAAUGCAGAAUUGAAAAAUAAGAUAUACAUUCAAGAGUUGAGAUUCUUUUUUUCUGGGGAGGUGAGGGUUGACAUAAUGGAGGCUCUUCAACCACCUCCAAACCUGCAUUAUUUAGGAAUGAGUGGAUACAAGGGCACCCAAUUGCCAGAAUGGAUCACCACAUCCCUUAACUAUUUAAGGGUGCUUAAUUUCUCAUUAUUUGACAACUUCUCAUCUUUGCCCCCGUUGGGAAAACUGCCAAUGCUUGAGGAGCUUAAGAUAUUAUCGAUGCGUAGCAUGAAAUACGUGGGCAAUGAAUUCUUGGGAAUAAUGGAACCGAAUGCGGGACCUGCAUUCCCCAAGUUGAGGAAAUUGGUUUUUAGAGAUUGUUUCAAGUGGGAAAAGUGGGAGGAUAUAACUGGGGAUGAAAAAGACCAUCUCUUAAUAAUGCCAUGUCUCAGGGAGUUGGAAAUCAUUGGUUGCGGCGAGUUAAAGGCAUUGCCACAUUGCCUCCUUCGUACUCUGGAGUAUUUGACUGUCGAGAAUUCCUCAUGUCUAGCUUCGCUUUACGGGGACAGGACUGGAGACGAAUGGGACAAGAUAUCUCACAUUCCCCACAUUAAGGUAGAGAGUUUGGAAGUUCUAAAAAGGAGAAGAUCGAUGUGGAUGAAAGUGAUGAAAGUGAUCGAAGCAGAUGGAUAUGAAAGUGGGCAGAAUAGUGGAGAUACUUCUGACGGAUCUUUGUGUUGA